AUGUCGUCUUUGGCCUAUAAUGAUUUAUUAAAACCUUACGAUCAAAAAGGGUCAUUUGGAGAACCAGAGAUUUUUGACGAUGAAGCAACAUUAGGUGUGAAAAUAGAAAAAUUUGAGGAAAUUUUGAAAUCUGCACACUCGGUUGUGGUUUUAACGGGAGCUGGUGGGUUAUUUUCUAUUUUUCAUAGGAUACCAGAGUAACAAGGAAUAUUUCAGGAAUUUCGACAAGCUGCGGCAUUCCCGAUUUCCGUGGUCCCAAAGGUGUCUGGACCUUGGAAGGAAAAGGAAUCCACACUGAAAAUAUCAAAUUAGAGGAAGCUUCUCCGUCUUUCACUCAUCGGUUUUUGGUGGAACUUGAGAAAAUGAACAAGCUUGAUUGGCUAAUCACUCAAAAUAUUGAUAAUUUACACACUAGAUCCGGAUUUCCUCUCAACAAAAUGGCCCAAUUGCAUGGUAAUUUAUUCACUGAAAAAUGUCAAAAUUGUCAAAGGUAGGUAUUUUCGAAAAUGUUUUUUUUUCAAAAGUUUUUUUAUUUUUUCAGAAUUUACUACCGCGAUUCGGUGAUUUUGAGCGUUGGUUUCAAACCAACCGGCAGAAGUUGCGAAGGAACCCCUCUUGGAAGAUCCUGCAGAGGGAAACUCAUCGAUAACACUUUGGAUUGGGAUAGCGAUCUUCCAGCUGAUCUAUUAGAAUAUUCUGAAAAAAUGUUGGCGGUGAGUUUUUCCUGAUAUUUAGAAUUCUAUUGAAUAAUUUAUGAUUUCAGGCUUGCGAUUUGUUUAUUACUCUUGGAAGCUCACUCAAAGUCCAACCUGUAUCAGGUUUCCCACUUUAUGCCAAGAAAAAAGGUGCAAAAGUUGUGAAUAUCAACCUGCAAGAAACAUCAAUCGUGAGUUUCUUAUUCAGAAAUGCGUUUUUUAUUUCAUGAGUUGUAUUCAGGAUGGCAAAGCGGAUUUAGUUAUCCAUGCAAAAGUUGAUGAUGUUUUACAAAGUCUUGCGGAUAAAAUGAAGAUCAAUGUUCCAUUGAAACCAGAAUCAACUUUUGUGGAGAAGUCUGCUUUUGAAGUUUAUAAGAAGCCAAGGGUGUCAUCAGCAAAAUCAGAAAUUCCUGCAAAGCGGGCCAAGCUUGAGAAUAGCAAAGUGAGUAAAAUACAUAUGAUUAUGAAAAGUUUGAAUGUCCAAUUGUGAGAGAACGCUCUGAUAUUUUUCAGAGUCCACCAUCUUCAAGCAAUUCAGUUUCUUCUUCUGAACCCGAGCCAAAACUGGAAAUUGAAAAACAGGAUCUAAAAAUUGAGGAUGAUUUCAGUGAUCUUUCCGACGAUGAACCUGUAAAAACUGACAAAGAAGAAGAAGAAAACACUGUUCCGGAGAAUGUAGUUGAAAAUUUCGAAGAUCCGAGCUUGCCGAUUGGAACAACAUCUGAUAUUCAAAACAACGAUGUGCCUGCGGUUGAAGCUCUUCCGCCUAUUCAAUUUGAAGAUGUCUCCGAUUCUGGGUCUCCUAAAAAUCUAGUUGAAAAUGAUGAUGUUUCAAAUUUACCAAUUGGAACAAGUUCGGAAAAACUUGAAAUGGGUCCAAGUGCCACUAGCUUUGAACAUAUGGUACGGUUGAAGUUCACGUGGUUAUUUUUAAAUCAUUUAUUUUUCAGAAUCUUGUUGUCCCAAAUAAUGGCACCGUUGAAUCUAGAAUUGAAGACUUGAUUGAAGAUUUAUCGGAAGAUGAGCCCUAA